AUAUUAAAAUGGCUUCAAUGCUUGAUGUAUGAAAAAUGUAGGUAACUACCCAUACCUAUAUCUAGAGAAAACAUGUGAAAAUCUGUAUUGUAGGGUGGAAGUACCCCGUGGUAACCUUUUACGUAACAACCUACUCUCCCGGGGCAAGCGAACGCAUUCCUCUCUUAUCUUACGUGGGCGUCUUUGCCUGGCCUUCACCAGCUCCCAAAGUCGCAACUGGGUAUCAACUUCACCGUUACGACAUUCGUCCUAUCCUCAAUUUCUACUCCCGCCUCUCCCUCCUCGUUGGCCCACGCGAUUUAGGUGCGAGGGAGAAUGUCGAUUUCAAGUGAAGCACUGCAGAAGCUGCUGCGCGAGGUCGAGACGCAGGCCAUCGCCGCGCAACAGCAGAUCUCGCUCGUCCGAACCCAGCAGGCAUCGAAACAACGCGAAUUGCGAAUGGCCCAGUUGACGCGCACCGAGAUCUCCUCCUUGCCGGUCGGUACCAAUGUGUAUGAGGGAGUUGGCAAGAUGUUUGUCGCGCUGCCCGCUUCCGACAUGCAAGCAAAACUGGACGCCCAGAUUAAGGAGGCGGAGGGCGACGUGGAGGGACUAGGAAAGCGGCUGCACUACCUCGAGGUGUCACAAAAGAAUAGCAAGGACCAAAUCGAUCGUAUGCUGAGAGGUGGUGCUGCAUCCUAGACUAGUCGCCUGCUUCGAAAGUUGCGCCAAGCUCGGACGCCCACGGGAGGAGGCUGCCUCGUGCGUUCCGCCUCCUAUAUAUCUGUCCCUCUCUAUAUGCCUACUGAAGGAGCCGUAUAGGUUGGUUAGCUGUCGCCGGAUGGGUGCGAGGAAGCAAUCUUACACCCCCCCGUCACCACGUGAGAAUCUCACGCUGUCCUUGUAGUUUAGUGUUGCUAUACAUAGUGCCAAUGCUCGCGACGACCAACAAACUUUACUAUUUGCUAGUACAGACGCAGAUGGCUUCGGAGCCCCAGCUUUGACAAUUUACGUGUGAUAAUGAAUUCCACGUCGGAUUUCUACUAUUGGUUGGCCUAUUACCAAGUACCGGUUUCGUUACAGAUGUGUUGGUAACAGUGAACGAGACCUGGGGUUCUAUUUAUACACAUAUACCUAUAUAGGUACCUAUAUAGAUACCUGCUUGUACCUAAUAUAUGCAUACGCUACUUUUCCCAUAGCGCGCGGGAAAUCGGCUCCUCAAUGAUUGGCAGGUAACGCGCUGAUUGCUCAUGUACCCGAUAUUUCGCAGCCGGUCCAGUGGCGCAUGCGACGGUUGGGCGGUA